AGAAUUUUUAGUUUCGAUGUCCUUCAUGAAUUAAUUUGAUUACUGACUGCUUGAUUCAUAUUUGUUCCUCUUCGUCAUCGCUGCUUCAAAAGUAUCAACUACAUUUCCCAGAAAUCUUCGCGGUUGACAAAAUGUCAGCGCCCAAAGAGCUCAUGUCCUGGGAUUAUACAGGAUUUUUUUUUUUUCUGUUUACCGUCGACACAGUUUUUAGACACGAUGACACAAAUGGUCAGAUAAUUUAACAACUCGUUCUGCACUUCACUGCCGACAGCUCGUAUUUAAAGGAGCGUUUUGAGACGGAAAACAUGUUUUGUGUUGUCAGACGACGCUGUGAAACGUCCGCAUUAAGACGCGUUUUACAUUUGUACAGAAAGAAAACACAGAACUAUAAUUUAACUCGUAAAGUAAUAAAAUCUCUGCCAGUGUUCAUCUCCAACAGAUUCAAGACGAUCAGCACGCAAACAGACAAGGACAGCAUUGACUUGUCCAAGUUUCCUGUGGACAGAAUUAGGAAUUUUUGCAUCAUUGCCCAUAUUGACCAUGGGAAAAGCACUUUGGCUGACAGGUUGUUGGAGAUGACCGGUGCCAUCGUGAAGGAUGAGAAGAACAAACAGGUGCUGGACAAACUGCAGGUGGAGCGGGAGAGAGGCAUCACAGUGAAGGCUCAGACAGCCUCACUGUUUUACACCCACCAGGGUCAGCAAUACCUCCUGAACCUCAUCGACACACCGGGUCAUGUUGACUUCAGUUAUGAAGUGUCCAGAUCAGUUGCUGCAUGUCAAGGUGUCCUCUUACUUGUUGAUGCCAAUCAGGGGAUCCAAGCACAGACGGUGGCGAACUUCUAUCUGGCCUUUGAAGCACAGCUGACAAUUAUUCCUGUCAUCAACAAGAUUGAUUUGAAAAACGCUGACCCGGAGAGAGUGGCGUCGCAGAUCGAAAAAGUGUUUGACCUUCACCGUGACGAGUGCAUUCAUAUUUCAGCAAAACUUGGAAUAAAUGUUGAAAAGGUUCUUGAAGCAGUUGUGAACAGAAUUCCACCGCCAGUGGCGAAUGUUGACGACCCAUUUCAAGCUCUAGUGUUUGACUCUAAUUUUGACCACUAUCGAGGAGUUGUUGCCAACAUUGCCAUUUUUGGAGGUUGUGUCCAAAAAGGAGACAAGAUUGUCUCAGCACAUCUUGGCAAAUCCUACGAGGUCAACGGACUGGGGCUUUUUCGGCCAGAUGAGCACCCAACUCUGAGACUUUAUGCAGGACAGGUGGGCUACAUAAUAGCAGGAAUGAGGGAUGUGAAGGAAGCUCAGAUUGGCGACACACUGCAUCUCCAGGGGCAUCCGGUGGAAGCUCUUCCAGGGUUUAAGCCGGCAAAAGCCAUGGUCUUUGCUGGCGUGUUUCCAAUGGACCAGUCGGAAUACCCUGGCCUUCGCAGUGCCGUUGAGAGACUAACCCUGAACGACUCGAGUGUCACUUUGCAGAGAGACAGCAGUCUGGCCCUCGGAGCAGGCUGGAGACUUGGCUUCCUGGGACUCCUUCACAUGGAGGUGUUCAAUCAGAGGCUGGAGCAGGAGUACAAUGCCUCUGUUAUAGUAACAGCACCCACUGUGCCCUACAAAGCUCUUCUGUCUUCAGCCAAACUCAUCAAGGAGCACGGCGGUCAGGAGAUCACUAUAGUGAACCCUGCUCAGUUCCCAGACAAAAUGGUGGUAUCUGAGUAUUUGGAGCCCAUGGUGCUCGGGACCAUUCUGACUCCAGAUGCUUACAUCAGCAAGAUCAUGAAUCUGUGCUUGAAUCGCAGAGCCAUCCAGAAGAACGCCAUCUACGUUGAUGACCAGCGAGUUAUGAUGAAGUAUCUUUUCCCAUUAAAUGAAAUUGUUGUGGAUUUCUAUGACCUUCUCAAAUCACUCACAUCUGGAUAUGCCAGCUUUGAUUAUGAGAAUGCAGGUUACCAGGCUGCUGAUCUGAUAAAGAUGGACAUUCUGCUGAAUGGGCGACCUGUGGAAGAGCUGACCACAAUAGUACACAGAGACCGUGCACACAGCACAGGGAAAGCCAUGUGUGAACGGCUCAGAGAUUCCAUACCGAGACAGAUGUUUGAGAUCGCUGUACAGGCGGCUGUAGGCAGCAAAAUUAUUGCCAGAGAAACGAUAAAGGCCUACAGGAAAAAUGUUCUUGCAAAGUGUUAUGGUGGUGACAUCACACGGAAGAUGAAGCUGCUGAAGAGGCAGGCAGAGGGGAAAAAGAAAAUGCGCCGUAUCGGCAAUGUGGAAGUGCCCAAGGACGCCUUCAUUAAGGUUCUGAAGAGAAAAGACAAAUAAACAUUAUGAUGAU